UGACAUGCCACGCUUGCGGGCAGCGAGAAUAAAAUGGUCUCGACGCAACGCUGAUGGCCCCGGCCCAACCUUCCACACCUCCCGCUCCGAGUGCUCCCAAUGGUGCGAAGGCCGCGAAGAUUGGCUUGCCUGUUCCAGUACCGCCCUCCAGAGAUUCCUUCUCCACGGAGCCUUCGGUGGAGCUGCGCAGUCCUCCGGUCUCCGUGCACACCGGCGGCUCAUCCGCAGAUGGUCCCAAAGGACAGCCCACUCCACGAAGUAGCAAACAAAAUACCGCCAAGCCCAAGCCCCAAAAUAAAAACCGAAAACAAUUGCCUCUGUACAUACGAGUCUCUAGAACCAUCGUGGACAACACGCACUUCAUGGUCUUCACCACUGUCCUCACCUUCUAUGCGCUUACUGCGGAUGACUUGAGGAUCAUACUCACAGAGAAGCCGGCAGACAUGAUUUUCAACAUCAUUGGAAUCUUAUGUAUUACUGUCUUCUCCUGUGAGGUGGUCCUGUCUUGCCUAGGGAAGGUGGACUACUACCUGAGUUUUUUCUUUCUGCUGGAUGUGAUCAGCACAGCUACGCUCCUGCUGGAUCUCACCUGGAUUAGCGAGGCGAUCCAGGGGGACAACAGCGACGCCUCAGACCUGCGCUCCGGCAGGACAGCGAGAGUAGGCGCCCGCGCCAGUCGUGUGGUGCGUGUGCUGCGGUUAGUUCGAAUCCUGAAACUCUACAAAGCUUACUACGAGGCGAAACAGCGCAAGGCAGAGAGAGAAAGAAGAAAAAGGAUGGGUGAGCUGGAGGAUGACUGGGAUGAAGCCGACUAUGAAGCCUUAGAGAAUGGGCACGGCAAAGACACGGAAAGUCGCGUCGGGAAGAAGCUCUCAGAGAUGACCACGCGACGUGUCAUCUGCCUAAUUUUGGCCAUGCUGCUCAUCCAACCCUUGCUCUCCAAAGAAACGGCCGAUCAAACUCCCUACUCCGCAGUCUACGGCGCCAAUCAGGUCUGGGAGGCCUUUGAAGCGAAGCUGUUGAAGAAUAGCACGGCCAACAGCAUCACGUACGACAAUGCGUUUCUGAAGUACAUCUACUACCACAAUUGGUAUGUUGGCAACCAUGGGGGCACCUACUGCCCUGGAAGCAAUUGCGCCGGGCUGUUCCUAGGCUCGCUCUUCUGGUUUGGCCUCGCAGGUCAGAGUUCGGAUGCGAACUUUAGCAGCAAUUUAGAGUACACCCAGAUGAGCUCUGGCGUGUUGGACAGCUGGGUGGAAUCGACUAGCGAGGACUACUUGACUGCUUACGGCACGAUGCCCUCUAGCAUCAAGGAGAUGCUCUCGCAGCCCUGGGACCGCAGAUGUGCCACCUCUUCACAGGAUUUGGUGGGAGUGUCCUUGAUCGCUCAAGAAGUUCAAUAUGCCAACUACUACAAGAUCUACUGCCCCUUGGAUUUGCGGUUGACCGAGAUCCAGGCCUUUGCUCCGAGUCUCAUGUCACAAGGGCAAUCGCCUUACUUGACCUUUUACUUCGACCUGCGUCCCUUCAAUCGAAGCACUGCGGCGUUUGGCCUCAGCAACACGUUCUUCGUGAUGAUUCUGCUCAUCACGGCCUCCCUAAUGUUCACCAACGACGCGAACCGCCUGGUGCUGCGCCCGGUGGAAAAGAUGAUCAGCAGAAUCGAGGCCAUUCGUGACAAGCCGCUCUUGGCCAUGAAGAUGGCCGAUGAUGAGUUCAAAGCUGAGGAGAUUGCAAAGGAGAGGCUACAGAGGCAGAAACGGAAGCCUUGGAAUCGAAUCUGGAUGGAGAUCUCCCGAUGCUGCAAUGGAGGGAACCGCAACGAGGUGUUGGAGACGGUGAUCCUGGAGAAGACCAUCAUCAAGUUAGGCAGCCUGCUGGCGCUGGGCUUCGGCGAAGCCGGCGCAGACAUCAUCGGCAAAAACAUGAGCGGUUCCGACUCCGCUGGUGUCAACGCCAUGGUCCCGGGCCGCAAAUGCGAGUGCAUUGUGGGUGUGAUGCGCGUGCGCGACUUCAGCACGGCAACGGAGGUGCUGCAGGCGAAAGUGAUGAUGUUCUCCAACCAGAUCGCCGAGAUUGUGCAUGGCGUCUGCAACGAGUUCCAUGGAGCGCCGAACAAAAACACUGGGGAGACAUUCCUGGUGAUUUGGAAGCAGAAUGAGGACUCAGGUCUGGGCAAUGAGGAACUGAUCCGAAAAUUUGCUGAAGGUUCCAUCGUUUCCUCGGCUGCCAUGAUCGGCGCUGUUCACCGCUCGCCGCUGCUUGGAAGCUACAGAGAACACCCGGGGCUUCAGUAUCGGCUAGGCUCGAAGUGCCGGGUGCACUUGAGCAUCGGCCUUCACAAAGGCUGGGCCAUCGAAGGAGCCGUGGGCAGCGAGUUCAAGAUCGACUGCUCCUACCUCUCGCCCAACGUGUCCAUCGCCACCUCCAUCGAGCGCUCCACGGAAGUGUACAACGUCUCGGUGAUUGUGGCGCAAUCCGUCAUUGACCUGGUGUCCUACAACAUGAGGUCUCAGUGUCGCUUGAUCGACAAGGUGAUUAUCCGAGGUUCUCCAGCACCUAUGGAUCUGUAUUGUGUGGAUCUGGACUAUAUGAGCGUCGAGGUGGAUUUCACUGAGCGGCCCAAGGUUCCUUGGAACACCCGGCAGCGCUUCAAGGUGCGUCAGUGGAUGGAACAGGAAAAGAAUGCCGUGCUUCAGAAGGACCUGUCUGAGAUCCUUGAGACAGAUGAAGUCAUCGCUCAGAUGCGUGAAUGCUUUACGGUGGAGUUUUUCCAACUCUUCAACAUGGGCUACCAGAACUACUCUCAAGGAGAAUGGCAGGUCGCCCGGCGGAUUCUGAUGGACAUUCGAAGCCGCCUGGCUCCGACUGAUGGGCCUUGCAUGGCCUUGUUGAAGUUUAUGGAGUUCCACCACGACUUUGAUGCGCCCAAAGAGUGGGCCGGUGUGCGAGAUUUGGUGGGCUAUUAAUACCUGUACGCCUUGCACCGCCUUCGUGAAAUCACGAGCGGCUUGAGCGUGAGCGGCAGAAGCAUGGCCAGCUAGCCCAUCUGAUUGGAAAGUCCAGAUUGGUGGGGCAAGAAACAUUGCUAUUUUCCAG